GCCCCACUUGCGGAACUCUGGUGUAUAACAGGCAGGGAUAGCCUGUGGGGCAUGCAGAGGUCACCAGGAAGGAAAGCCUGCUGAAUACAGAUUCAAUUUUCUAGCAGAACUCCAGGUCCUCUGAGUUAAAAGCAGCAUUUAUGGAUGCCUAGCAGGCAAGUUCUGGGGGCCCAAAUAUUCACUAUAAAGUAUCCAGGAAGGAUCUUUCUUGUAUAAAGGUGCUUCUGAGGACUUCCAGAGUUACAAUGGAGGAGGAAUCGGGGGAGGAACUAGGGUUGGACAGGUCUACUCCCAAGGAUUUCCACUUUUACCACAUGGACCUGUAUGACUCUGAAGACAGACUGCAGCUCUUUCCAGAAGAGAACACUAGGAUGAGGAAAGAAGUAGUCCAAGCUGAAAUGGCCAAUGAGUCAACAGGAGUGGGGGAUGGUAAUGCUCAAAGAGACCUUCGAGAGGAAGUGGAGGAACUUGUCCACUUACACGGACUUGAAGAUGAUCACGAAUUAGGGGAUGAGUUUGUUGAUGAAAACAUGCCCAGAAUGGGAGUUUCAGAAUAUCCUCCUUAUGGGUUGAAGAGGAGAGACCCAGCCAGGGAGCAGAGAGACUGGAGACUUAGUGGAGAGGCAGCGGAGGCCGAGGACCUGGGCUUUGGAGGGUGGGGCUCGGCAGGCCAGUGCCAGGACUUGCGGGAAGUCUACAGGUACACGCACGGCCGUGCUAGUGAGGAGUAUGAAUGCUAUGUCAUCCCCGAGGAAGAAGAUGAAGAAGAAGCUGCUGAUGUCUUCUGUGUCACUUGUAAAACUCCGAUAAGAGCUUUUCAGAAGGUUUUUGAUGAACAUAAGGAGCAUGAAGUGAUCCCACUCAAUGAAGCACUGGAAAGUGCCAAGGAUGAAAUUCACAAAAACAUGUACAAAUUGGAAAAACAGAUAAUCGAUAUGGAAAACUUUGCAAAUCACUUGGAGGAGGUUUUCAUCACUGUGGAGGAGAAUUUUGGAAAACAAGAACAAAACUUUGAGUCACAUUACAACGAGAUCUUGGAAACACUUGCUCAAAAAUAUGAAGAAAAAAUACAAGCUCUAGGGGAGAAAAAGAAAGAGAAGCUGGAAGCCUUAUAUGGACAACUGGUCAGCUGUGGAGAAAACCUAGAUACCUGCAAAGAACUGAUGGAAACAAUAGAAGAGAUGUGUCACGAGGAGAAGGUGGAUUUCAUAAAGGAUGCAGUGGCUAUGGCUGACAGACUCGGGCGAUUCCUGAAAACAAAAACAGACGUGGAAAUCUCUGCACAGCCUGACUUUGAAGACCAGAACUUGGAUUUCUCUGAUGUGGAGCAGCUGAUGGACUCCAUUAACACCAUUCCAGCUCCUUCUGCUCCAGUCAUAAAUCCGCAAGCCCCUAACUCAGCCACAGGUUCCUCAGUGCGAGUGUGCUGGAGCUUAUACUCCGAUGACACCGUGGAGAGCUAUCAGCUGUCCUACCGGCCAGUGCAGGACAGCUCACCUGGGAAGGACCAAGCAGAGUUUACAGUGACCAUCAAAGAAACAUAUUGCUCAGUGACAGACCUUGUGCCAAACACCCAGUAUGAAUUUUGGGUCACAGCUCACAACAGGGCUGGCCCGAGCCCCUCCAGCGAGCGUGCAGUGUACGUGACAGCGCCUUCUCCCCCCAUUAUAAAAACCAAAGAGAUAAGGAGCUGUGAAGAGGCUGUGCUGAUUUGCUGGGAGUCUGGGAACUUGAAUCCUGUGGACUCGUACACUGUGGAGCUGACCCAGGCUGAGAGUCCAGAAGCCUCAGGCGUAACUGAGUCUGUUGUGGGCAUCCCAACCUGUGAAACUCUGGUGCAGCUGCAGCCGGGACAGAGCUACAUUAUCUAUGUGCGAGCCCUCAACAUGGGGGGCCCCAGCGUGAGGAGCGAGCCCGCUACAGUCCACACCAUAGGAAGCUACUUUCGCCUAAACAAGGACACCUGCCAUCCCUGGCUGACAAUUUCUCAAGAUGGACUUAUGAUCGUACGAAGUGAAAGGAGUACCCCCACCAGAGAGCCACCACCCAGAGAUACCCACUUCACCAGGUGUGUUGCUGUCAUGGGAAAUCUAAUUCCAGUCCGAGGGCACCAUUAUUGGGAGGUGGAGGUGAAUGAGCAUUUCGACUACACAGUUGGUGUGGCCUUUGAAGAUGUCCCUAAAAAGGAGGAUUUGGGAGCAAACUGCCUGUCCUGGUGCAUGAGGCACACAUUUGCAUCAUUGAGGCAUAAGUAUGAAUUUCUACACAACGGAACAACUCCAGAUAUAAGAAUAACAGUUCCUCCAAAGAAGAUUGGCAUUCUACUAGACUACGAAAAUUCAAAGUUGUCAUUUUUCAACGUGGACCUUUCUCAGCAUCUAUACACAUUUAGUUGUCAGCUUCACAAAUUUGUGCAUCCCUGUUUUUCUUUGGAAAAGCCUGGGUGUCUAAAGAUACAUAAUGGCAUUUCAAUGCCAAAACAUGUCACUUUCUAUUAGAACAUUCUGAUGUCCAGUUUCCUAUCUUCCAAGCCUACCCCUCUCACAGCCACUCAUGCCUUAGCUGGUUGAACUUGGCAUUCAAGCACCAUGUGCCCAGCAUAAUUUAUGGCUCAUGUUAUUAUCUGACAGAAGGUGUGCUAGUGCUCAUUUCACCCAACCUAGAUUUUAGUCCAGUGUGCUGCUACCUGAGUGAUGCUCAGAUGGUCGUUACCAGGCCCAGCUGUAAAAUAAAGGCUCAAACUAAAUGAACUCAAAAGUC